AUGCCAUCUAUGCGGAUCCAGGUCGAUUAUAGUUACGAUCGUUUCGAAUAUCAUCCUGAAACUGUCUACAUGGGGGUUCUAUACGCACUUUCGCAGCUCGCGGUACAAAACUAUGAUGAAUACCUAGCCCCAGACCAUCAAAUUUGGCAAGCAGAUGGACUCCUAGUGUGCGGGCUAGAUUAUGACAACCGGAAUGGAUUGACUUCCAUCGCAGAUCUUGUCGAGAGUCUUUCCUAUCUUGCCCACUCAUUCCGGAGAGACAAUCGUUUCUCACCUACGACAUUUCAUAUCUGGGUUAGCAUGAAUAUGGUCGGCACCGGUAGACUCGAAUUAAUUACCCAGCAAAAUAGUAAUAGCAGCAGUGAUAUCCCGGGCAAAGCACAGAUCAGCCCAGUCUCUCUAUCCAGGAGAAACACCACCUCGCUGAGCAUCGAAUCACCUGUCAGAAAGGCUUCUGAGCUUCAACCGGAUGGGGGGCGGACAGGAUCCACGAACGAAGACAUCGCCUAUAGCUACAAUCUGAUCCCCUCCACACAAGUUCUUUCCCCAACGGCAAUCUUCGUUCUUCUCGCCGCAGCUCUAGCUGAGCGGGCACGGCUGUCGAUUGCAUGGGAGAUACGAAAAUCCUUCACUAUCUGGAGACGCGCGCUCUCCAUCAAGCUCAAUGUCAACCCAAACCCGCGAUCUCCUAAACCCUUGACGAAUGGAGCUCUGAUCGGAGGUCUCUACUACGCGGCAAAGACAAUGUAUACACUUGACACACUCUGGGAGACAUAA